AAAACCCCACUCCCACUCCCACUUCCCCAGCAUAUAUAUAAAUUAGUUUUUACGUUGAAAGCUCUGGAAAAAAAAUAGGAAAGAGAGGAAAAAAUGGAUCCAAGGGUUUCCGAGGCAGUGACAAAGAACAAGGAAAAGCGUUUCAAGAAGCUGGUGGGCAAGCAUGGGCGUAAAAUAGUGCAGCAGAGAUCAGAAGAGACGGGCGACACGGCGCUGCACUUGGCGGUGAGGCAUGGCCGCGUGGAGUUUGUGAAGGAGAUUCUGAGGCUGUGGCCGGAAUCUGCGGCGGUGGAGAAUCUGAAGAAAGAGACUCCAUUCCACGAAGCUUGUAGGGAAGGAGAAGGCGAAAUCUUAGUGCUGCUUCUGGAGACGAAUCUAUUGGCAAGUUCCCAUCAAAAUCAGAGCCUGUUGUUCAUGGCCUGCACUAUUGGUCACGUGGAAGUUGUCAAAAUCCUUUUGAAUUACUCCAACUUCGACCAUGCAGCUGCUUUUCUUGAGGCUGCCUCUCAAGGACACCUCGGCGUGGUUAAAGAAAUAGUAAGCAAGUUCCCAGUGAGUGCAAUGGUGGACGAGGAUGGGUUAUCUGGUCUGCACAGGGCUUGUUUAAGCGGCCAUUGGGACGUAGUCGAGUUUCUGUUGCGUCGUGGUACUGAAAUGCCUCGCAAAUUCACAAACUCUGGGUAUACGCCUUUGCACUUGGUAGCCAUCAACGGCCGCACCCACAUUCUUCAACUAUUUGAGCAGCGUAGUCGUUUCUUGUUUGGGGAUCGUACGCAACAGGGAGACCCAAUUCUUCAUCUCACCGUUCGGUAUGACCAAUUCCAUACUUUUUUCCACUGCGCUCAACUCUUCCAAGAAGAUGAAUCAUUCAUCCAUUCCGUCGACCGCCAUGGGAAUACUGUUUUACAUGUUGCAGCACAGUGUGGAGGAGUAAAGUUUGUAAAGUUCUUGAUCAAUAUGAGAAUGCCAAUAAAUCGUCAGAACACGGAAGGGCUGACACCCCUUGACAUGCUCGACAACCUUGCUGCUACUGACAUUGAGAAGUUCCAAAUUCUUGAAGAUAUGUUGAAAAAUGCGGGCGGAAAGAGAAAAAUAGAACUUACGAAUUCUACUGUUCCAACUAGCAACAAAGGGGAAUUGGUUCAGGAAUGGGUUCAUUCUUUGGAUCCAAAUUUGUUCGAGGAGGAUGGUUUGCAGAAGACUGACUUAGAUCAUAAUGAGAAGGAAGAAGAUAAGAUUGACCAUGAAAAUUUGGGGAGCAAUAAUGUUAUCCGUGCUAACGAUGAACAAGAUGAUCAAGAAGAGAACAAAGACGAGUAUGUGGUUUCAAACAACUUGGAGAGGCAAGAGCAUCUUAGCCAAAAGCGGUGGAAAGUGCUAAUCAGCAAAAUGGAUGAGUACCAUUCUCGACGGGAAAAGCAACACGAUAUGUAUAAGGAGGCAUUGCAAAAUGCAAGGAACACGGUUACUUUGGUUGCAGCUUUGAUUGCUACAAUUACAUUUUCUGUGGGCAUAAACCCCCCUGGUGGGGUUCACCAAGACGGCCCACUGAUUGGAAAAGCAGUAUUCGCUAAAACAAAAGGCUACAAGGUAUUCAUAAUAAGUAAUACCAUCGCAAUGAUGACAUCUCUAUGUAUUAUGAUAGUUUUAGUAAGCAUCAUCCCUUUCAAAAAAAGACUACUGUUGCGGCUUCUUAAGAUUACCCAUAAACUAUUGUGGGUGUCUCUAGCAUUUAUGACGAUGGCUUUCACGUCGGCCACAUGGCUCAUCUUGCCUCAAGAUUAUAGGACACAUUGGCUUCCAAAUGUGAUACUGGCAGUGGUGGCAGGGAUUAUGGGAACACUAUUCAUUUAUUUGGGAGUAGAGUUGGUAAAACAUUGGAUGAGGAAGCUCAAAUGGAGAAGGGAGAGAAUCAGGAAACCAAUUGUUCCCGUCGACAAUAAUUCCGACCAUCAAUCUACGGAUGAUUUAUGGUCUAGUAAAGCUGAGUUAGACAUAGAGCGACAUGAUCUAAAUAGGCUCUAUUCAUUUUCUACUAAUUCUGAUGUUGCCAGUUCUAGAGGUAGGGGUGGUCAUGUAUACUAAAGACAUAUUUGUGAGUGAUUUUUGAACGAAUG